UAAUAUACCCAACUUUUACAAUUAGAGCUUCAUGGAAGCUGAAUUAAACACUAUUGAUGGAUAAUUGAUACCCGUAUUGUAUAAACAGGAGAGAUUGAACAAGAAUGGAGAAGAUAUAAAGAAAGUGUAUAGAAUGAAUGAAUAUUGGUUAUCUCAGUUACAAGCCUCCUAUAAGGAGUAUAUAUAGGGAAAAUCCGGGUCUGGGCCUCUAAUAUGGGCCUGACAGACCCGGUUACAUAAAUGGACUGAUAGUAUAAAAAGCUAAUCUAGAACAUCUGAAUAAUAAUAUACAAUAAUAAGAACCCUUAAAACGUGUGUGAGCCGCUGUCCAGGCCCAAUAGUCGGCAGACCGGGGGGUCGGAGUCCAUAUACUCCAUCAGGAGUCCCCCACUCCCUGAGUGGAGAGUACUCGAGGUGAAAGGGAGUAGUCCAAACUGUAGCUGCAACGUUCUUCUGUCUUCGGACGGGGGACCACCACCCUUGUCCAUUAUGGGGAGGUGCCUCGUUAAAAACCUUUACUAGGAAAAAACCCAGUGGGAAAAAAUCCUAAUAAAGGGAAAAAGAGUACACCUAGCGCCCCCAACAUGAAACAAGGAAGGUAAAUCCCCUCCGGCGUAAUCAAUCUAGCUCAGCUCCUCUUCAACUGACUCAGCUCUUGUUCCUGCUCCUGCGUGAUAUUUUCUGCUCAUCUAGAAACUCUGACCCCUCAGUCCCCCAGUCCCCACUCUUUGAGGCGAGUGGAGACGAGGUGAAAAUGAGUAAAGUCAUCUUCGUACCUACACAUUUAUCAUACAUAUAAUUUUUUUCUUGGGAUUUAUGUUCCCGAUCGGGAGUUCGUCACUUAAAACAAGUGGAGAUGUGAAUUGUUAAUGUAAUGAUAAAAUACUUAGUAGAAUGGAUGUGUGAGCCAUUCGUAAGCAACGGUCGCCACUCGAGGAAUGACUAAGACCGGUCUUCGUACCCGACUUGGUCGGGGUUUUGUCUUCAUGCCCGACUUGGUCGGGGCUUUGUGCCUGAGGAGUCAGGGCUUUAAAUCCUAGUGAUGGGUCUCAAGCCACACUCUACUAGGUAUUUGAUCAUAAGUGCAUGAUAGUGUGCCAUUUAUCGACAAAAAAUAUUAAUUAAAAUAAAUAAAAAUAAUAUGAAAGUUAAAGAAUACUUAUCUUUUUUUUUUAAGUGGGCUAAAAUUGCGGCCUGAAUAAGAAAGCAGGCUUGUGUAGAAUUUGGGUCCUUAAUUCUUUAUCGCACAACCCCCACCAAUAAUUUUGACCUAGUCCUUUGUUAGCUUCCUCAUUUUGUAACUAGCCAGCCUGACCUGUGACGACCAGGACCCCAAAGUAGCGCACAGCUGCUGCUGUAGAUUUGCCCAUGGGAGGAGCCCAGCAGUGAGGAUAGCAAUGGGGAGGCCCUCAUACCGUAAAAACCGCGGCGAAGCUUCCUUGGACGGAGACUGGCGCCUUGCUUUGGUGGACCCAUCGGCAAAGUAGAAAACGUCUGGAAGCAGCUAGCUAGAGUUCCGGUAGCACUGACGAAGCUUCCUCAGUCCUGCUCUCAACUGAUACAGCCUUCAAGUUGGGCCAACAGGGGAGUUCGGAUAUGCUAUUUCUGGAGCUUUUAACUGCCAUUAAUGGCGGACAUUCCAAGUUGAGCUCCAGCAACUUUGGAGGUCUUCAUAGGGGUUACCUAGAGCUGCGAUGACACCCAGUGCGAAGGCGGAGUAACGGGAUGCGAGUGACGAGAGGCGGUGUUGCGCCAGAGAUGAAGCAGCGACCUACGUCGCCGGACUGGGUUGGAUUUGGCUGCUUCCUCCGGUUAGCUGGGUCCCAGCUUCGAGCUUGGCAUAGUCCUCGGGGGCUACAACGGCUUUUGGCCGGAGAAACAACAACUACCAGAUUUGCAUCUGUGGUGGCAAGAUCUGGAGUGGCGGCAGGAGGUCUGGAGUCGGCGGCUACUGUUCCGACUUGGAUCUGGAAAUAUUUCGGAUCUGGAAGAGCUGGGUCGCCGCUGCCGACUAGAGAGGGAAGGGCCUCGAUUGUCACGCUUGCCCAGUCCUCUGCCACAGUCUCCACCGGAUUAGGUGGCGAGAGAGCCCUCGGCAGCUUUGGCCACCAAAAGCGCAGCGGGUUUGACUCACGCGUGGAGUAUCGACGGGCUUAACAGUCGGUAAGGUGGAGGAGAAAGGAAGCCAUUACCUCCUCGAGACAAUUGCGACCAUAGAGCCAUGGCUGACAGAGACCUAGCUCCGGGUUUGCUGGACCAGCGGCCAGAGUGACGGCUGAUUUUAGGGAGUUGCACCUCCAACUGACAGCGCACAGCGGCGGGGAUGAACAGUGACGAUGGCUCUGUUCAGAUCUAGAACAUUCUAUACUGUGAUUUUCCAGAUUGAUUUUUUUUCUUCGUGAUCUGAACACAUUUUCGGCCAGAAUUUUUGUGAUUGAGAUGAAUUUUUGGUAAUUUGGGGAGGUUUUCUCACUUGAUUGUUCAACCUCUCAACGAGAGCACCAUAUGAUGGAUAAUUGAUACCCGUAUUGUAUAAACAGGAGAGAUUGAACAAGAAUGGAGAAGAUAUAAAGAAAGUGUAUAGAAUGAAUGAAUAUUGGUUAUCUCAGUUACAAGCCUCCUAUAAGGAGUAUAUAUAGGGAAAAUCCGGGUCUGGGCCUCUAAUAUGGGCCUGACAGACCCGGUUACAUAAAUGGACUGAUAGUAUAAAAAGCUAAUCUAGAACAUCUGAAUAAUAAUAUACAAUAAUAAGAACCCUUAAAACGUGUGUGAGCCGCUGUCCAGGCCUAGUAGUCGGCAUACCGGGGGGUCGGAGUCCAUA